GGCAUCUUUGUGAAAUCACUGAAAUCCUUUGAAAUUCGUCAAGUAUUUGAAAUAUUUCUCAAAUCAAAAUAAAUCAUCGUGAAAGAAUUAAAUCUAUUAUGUAUAAAAUUGUUUUAAAAAUGCUGUCUGACUCGUAUUUAGUUUCUUUUGAUGAUUUCGAAAACAAAAACAUAUAUUGCUAGAACAGAGCAUUAUUUUGCAGAUGUUAAUCAGGAGAACAAUUUUAACCUAUAAUUUUUCUACGUAUCUCGCACACUUUUCGAGAAGAAUUCGAUUUUUUACUCUUAAAAUAAAAAAUAAUCCUUUUGUUCGAAAAUGCAUCUAAAAAUUAUUUUAACUUUAGUCUAAAAAUAAUCAUGAAGUCCCCUCGAAAUAGAAACAAGAAAAAAGCUUCAACAGCAAGAAUCCUGGGUUGAAGCUCUUUUUCGUAAUUCUUAUCUGAAACUCUGAAAGCAAACGAACCGAAUAAAAUCUGUUUGAUAUUCGUUUGUUUCUCUAUAACCUCGUGUCGCACGUGUUAGUUCUGGUUCUGACGGUCGCGAUCAGAAAUCGCAACAGAUUGAAAUUUUGUUUCAGAGAUGUAUGGAUUAAAUUCGAAAGUUUUCAGAAAACAGAUGAUUAUUUUUCACAGAGAAACGUUUAUGUUUUGAACUGAAAUUAUGACACAUCGUGAUAAAUGUGCAGAAAAUGAUGAAGAAACUGAAUCAAGUUCAGACGAAGAAAUGACUGAGAGUGUAAGUUCUGGUCCUGUUCGAAAACCAAAAUUCUUUGGCAUACCGAUUUACAAACUUUCUUAUAGAAGGCUUCCCAAAAAGUGUCUCAAAGUUUCAUUUCUCGCCAUCAAUAGCGCAUCCCUUUUAACAGGAAUCAUAAUCGUAGUGCUUUCCAUAUGGAUGCUAAUCGAUAUUAAAUUACUAAUUGGUCAGGGUCUCUUCAUCUCAAUUCUCCUUUUACUUGGAAUUUUCUCCACUAGCAUGUCGUUCAUCGGAUUAUUCGCUUUUGUGAAGAAAAGAACAAGUCUUUUACUGCUCUAUAUUGCAUGUCAGUCUAUAUUAUUAUGCACUAUAUUUAUCUGUGCGAUCAUGAGUUUUUCACUUUUUGAUAAAGUGAUGCAAAAAAUUCGGGGAGACAUGAGAAAGUCUAUAGAAAACUAUCAUAAUUUGGAUUGGGCCACAGAAGCUUGGGAUAACACACAUAGAUAUUUAAAAUGUUGCGGGAUUAAGUCAUAUAAAGAUUGGAUUGAUUAUCGGAAAAAUAUUCCACAAAGUUGUUGUUCAACUGCAAUCGAAAAGUGUGCAAUAAUGUCAGAGGAGGUAGCUUACAAGUCCGGAUGUUUAAAAAGUGCAGUUAUUUUAUUGAAGUCUCACAUCUACGCAGUUUGUUUAUCCGUUUUGUUGAUAUCCAUAACCAUCGCAACAAGUGUCUUUGUAGCAUUUGGAGUGCGCAGGAAGUUAAAGGCUAAUUGAUCCAUCGCUGACUCUUGAGAUAUCGGAAAGGCAUUAUAAACCACUCCUUCCUUUUAUAGGCCUUCCGAGAAUCGACGCCGCGGAUAGGUGUAGGAGGAGAUGCGCGGGAUGCCCGGGGUCUGCGGCUGUCACUCAGGUGAGCAGUCAGGCGUGAACAAACAAAAGCGGAGCAGGCUAUAACGAGUUAGUUCCUACCCACCGUCAACCACAAAAUCGGUGCUUUAGAAGAGUCUCACUGUAUUUAUUCAAGCCAUGACUAAUUAUUUAUAACAAUAUUCUUAUAGAGUCAUGCUAGAAACUUACAGUUUUUGAUAAAAAUGUAUCACUUUUUGUCCACUUUU